UCCUGUACGGAAGGGCGGGACUGGAGGUGACAGCGAGGUGCGGCGCGGUUAGGGACCGCACAAGCAUCUGACAUGGCCAAUGUGCGGCUGGAAUUCAAAUCCAGCGCCGGGGACGCGGACCCCCAGGCUAGGCCUGUGCUAAUCUUGGGCCAACUGCCAAACUUGCACCGGGUGCUGUGGAACGAUGUGAGGGGAAAACUGCAGCCCAGGGUCACCGAGGAGAUUUGGAAGAAUGCUCUCAGCACUUUAAGUCCCAACCCAACGGACAGCUGUCCUCUGUACCUGAACCUGGCCACAGUUGCCGCCUUGCCUUCCUGUGUCAGCCGCCAUAACAGCCCUUCCGCUUCGCACUUCAUCACACGUCUGGUCCGAAGCUGCCUCCCAUCAGGAACAUCAAGAUGUAUCCUGAUGGUAUGCGAGCGAUCAGAGGCAUUCGCCAGUGCUUGUGCCAUUGCUCGAGCCUUCCCACUCUUUACCCGCCGCUCCAGUGCUUCCCGCCGGGCAGAUAAAAAGAACAUUGCCAUUGAGUUUUUGCUCGUUGGACAGAACAAUGGACCCAUGGAAGUGACCACUCUGAAGUGCCUGGAAAGUGCCACUGAGGGGGUGAGACUGGCCGCACGUAUUGUGGAUACCCCCUGUAAUGAGAUGAACACAGACCACUUCAUUGAGGAGAUUGCAGCUGUUGGGAAGGAGCUUGGCAUUACUCCAAGGAUUAUUCGAGAUGAGGAGCUAAAGGAGAAAGGAUUUGGAGGAAUAUAUGGUGUUGGAAAAGCGGCAGAACAUCCUCCUGCCCUGGUCAUCCUGAGCCACACCCCUGAAGGUGCCACACAAACCAUUGCCUGGGUUGGUAAGGGCAUUGUGUACGAUACCGGAGGACUCAGCAUUAAGGGAAAGACCACUAUGCCGGGUAUGAAGAGAGACUGUGGAGGAGCAGCCGCGGUGCUCGGAGCAUUUAAAGCUACAGUAAAACAGGGCUUUAAAGACAACCUCCACGCCUUGUUCUGCCUGGCAGAGAACUCCGUUGGACCAAAUGCAACUCGACCAGAUGACAUCCACUUGCUGUACUCUGGAAAAACGGUUGAAAUUAACAACACUGAUGCGGAGGGGAGGCUGGUGCUGGCUGACGGGGUGUCUUAUGCCUGCAAGGAUCUAAAUGCAGAUAUCAUUCUGGAUAUGGCAACUUUGACAGGUGCUCAGGGCAUUGCAACCGGCAAGUACCAUGCCGCAGUACUGACCAAUAGUGAGGAGUGGGAGAUGGCCUGUGUGAAGGCUGGCCGGAAGUGUGGAGACCUGGUUCACCCAUUGGUUUAUUGUCCAGAGCUGCACUUCAGCGAGUUUUCAUCUGCUGUGGCCGAUAUGAAGAAUUCAGUGGCGGACCGGGAGAAUGCUCAGAGCUCUUGCGCAGGCCUCUUCAUUGCUUCUCACAUUGGCUUUGACUGGCCAGGAGUUUGGGUGCACGUUGAUAUCGCUUCCCCUGUUCAUGCGGGUGAGAGAGCCACCGGCUUUGGCGUCGCCUUACUUCUGUCUCUGUUUGGCCGUGCUUCAGAAGACCCUUUACUAAACAUGGUUUCCCCCCUCGGAGAGGAUGAAGUAGUUGAGACUCCUGAGAGAGAUACCAAAAGGAGACGUCUUGUGUGACCACCUUGUCUAGACCACUAAAGAAUCUUGCUGGUCUGAUCCGUGCAGUGUUUUUCCUGUCUCUGAUCUGACCAUUUGUAUUCCUGGUAUUUGUUAACGGUGUACAUAUGUGGAUGGACUUUUUCUAUCUCUGUUUAAUGCUUGUGUACUCAGGAGUAGGUCCUGAUACCUGAAGCUCAUCAGUAUAAUUGAUUACGAGUCUUGGAAGGCGCAUACUAUCACCACUUCUCUCGGUAGCCAUUCCUCCUCUCUCAUGGGAUGUACUAGUGUCUGUCUUUCUACAUGACUUGCCGUUUUUAUUAAAACUGUCUGCAUACCUGG